AUGCCGAGAUUAAAUGCUUGUCAAUUCUGGGCACGUCGCUUGGUACGACUUGCCCCGACGUACUUCCUGACGAAUGCCAUCGGUGUGGCCUUGAAAGCAGCUUUCUCGACAGAGGAGUUUGACAAUUUCACGGCUUCCCAGUACGUGCAGUCUGUUCUCGGCUUGACUUCCUGGAGCUUUGUCGCACCUGUUGGUAAUGGCUUGACAUGGACGAUAUCGACGAUGCUUUUCUUCUACCUCUGUUUCCCUGUUCUGGGACCCGCCGUGCAGCGUGUUCCACUCGAGGGCCUCCGGGCACUCGCAUGGACCAUGUACGCACUGCAGGGGCUGCUGAUGAUGCUCGGCUAUACUUUCGACACACCGGGUUACUGGAUUCGAAUGUGGCCACCAGUGCGACUGCCCAUCUUCGUCAUGGGCAUAUGUGCCGGGCUGUCGCGGGUUCGCGGGGAGCAGCAGCGAGCAGCCCAGGCUGAUUCGUGCCAGACACCAGUGAGCCGCAGGGAUGUGCCAGUGGAAGUCGGCAGCAGGUGGGGCGUCGAGGCGUGUCUUCCUGACUGGGUAUGGGUGCUCCUCUGGACUGGACUUACUCUCUAUGGCACCACGAUCACUUUUCUGUGCUCCACAAACAUCCCCUUCCGCUUUACCCUCGAGGUGGUGUUCCCGAUGAUCUUCUACGAGUUCAUCCUCGCGAUCACGAGCCCCACUGCCGAAGGUGCUUGCUUGGUCCGCUUGUGCCGCUCCAAGCCCAUGCGCUUCCUUGGUGACAUAUCCAUGUGUGCCUACAUGGUCCACGUGCUGCUUGGUGAAGCGUUGGGCUAUGCGACGGGAACGCACAUCGGUGCAUGGCCUUGGUGGACACCACUGGCAGUUCUGCCCAACGCGAUUUUGCUGGGCUGGAUGCUGACGGAGUUCUUUGAGAAGCCUAUUUCAAGGUGCCUCCGGCCAGACAAGCACGCCGCCCACCAAAGUCCUGUAAGCGAGGAGAAGAUCGAGAAGGAGUCGCGUACACCAGGCGCCGAGGUCCUAGGAUCCCCGUCGCCGGAGGGGUAA